AUGGCAGCUUCUGUUGCCAUCUCCUUCUCCACCCCGCGCUCUCCUUCUUCUCCCCCUUCUCAAUCUAAAUCUUCUUCUUUCCAACACUGCCGUAGCCUUCCUCCUUCCUCUCUUUCAUUUUCUUCUUCUUCUUCUUCUUCUUCUCAUCCUCCUCCGAAUCUCCGAAUCCUCAUCUCCGUCACAAACCCUAGGAAAACCCGAGCCUUAGUCCGCGUCUCCUCCAAUUCAGCCUCUUAUUCGUCUUUCGAGGAUGAUUUCGGCUCUGAUUCCCCACCGUCCUCUGCUGAUAAGAAAUCCGUCCUCUCAAAGUUGAUACAAGAGAUAGAACCAUUGGAUGUUAGCCUCAUCCAGAAAGAUGUUCCACCUACUACCUUAGAUGCUAUGAAGCGGACUAUUUCAGGCAUGCUGGGCUUACUUCCAUCAGAUCGGUUUCAAGUUUAUAUUGAGGCUCUGUGGGGACGUCUCUCCAAGUUAUUGUUCUCCUCAAUGAUGACAGGGUACACAUUGCGAAAUGCGGAGUAUAGGCUUUGUCUUGAACGAAACCUUGUUAUAGCAGAGGAAAAUCUUGACCAUUGUCCUACAGAAAAUUCUGCAUCAGAUUUGCUUGGAACAGUGGACAGUCCAACUGCAAAUCAGUGUUUGGGAAACAAUAUGCAGUUUGAAACGGUUGUUGAAGAAUCAGGAGACGAUAAUGUUAUUCAAGGCCUUGGUGAAAUUCCCCCAGAAGCUCAGCAGUAUAUUCUUCAUUUGAAGUCUCGUCUAUCUUCUAUGAAGAAGGAACUUUAUGAAAUCAAGCGGAGAAGUGAUGCUCUUCAAAUGCAACAGUUUGUUGGUGAAGAAAAGAAUGAUUUAUUGGACUACUUACGAUCCUUAAAACCUGAAAAGGUAGCCGAGCUGUCUGAACCUACAUCCCAUGAAUUGAAAGAGACAAUUCACUCUGUAGUUCAUGGUCUUCUUGCAACUCUUUCUCCAAAGAUGCACUCUAAGCCUCCCCCUCAAUCGGAGUCCACAUCAGCUGGAUCUGUGAACGGUGGUGGUGAAGAUUGUGCUGAACUUGUUGAGAACACUUCACUUCAGUUCCAGCCGCAGAUUUCAUUGACCAGGGACUAUCUGGCACGCCUACUUUUCUGGUGCAUGCUGCUGGGACACUACCUACGAGGCCUCGAGUAUCGUAUUGAACUGUCGGAACUCCUGUCCUUGACAAAUGAUGGAGAAAGCGAUGCAAAUUGA